AUGGGCGACGUCGCGAACGCCAUGCGCUACUGCCCGGACUGCCGCCGCGCCGUCGUGGUGGCCCUCGACUGCGCCUCCGGCGACACCGUCUGCUCCCUGUGCGCGCGCGUCCUCGGCCAGCGCUACGUCGACCAGUCCUCCGAGUGGCGCACCUUCCUCAACCAGGUCGGGGGCGUCGACGGCCGCAGCGUCGGCGGCGCCGCCGACCAUUCCCCCGCCCACGCCGGCGUCACCGUCGCCUACCCCGCCGCGGGCGACGCGCAUUCCAAGGCGGCCGGCGACGCCGGGACGCACGCUGGGGAGGGCGCCUCCUUGGCACCACUGCCGAGGAUGCGCGGCGCGGCCGGCGCCGGUACUUCGCGGGGCGGCGGCGGCGGUGCACCGAGGAUGCGCGGCGCGGCGGGGCCGGUGCCCGACAGGGCGCUCGCCGAGUCCUUCCACGGCAUCGACGACAUGGCGGCGCGGCUGGAGCUGACGGCGGCCGUCAAGAGCCGCGCCAGGGACGUGCUGAGGAAGCUGGAGAACACCAGGGCGUUCCCCAGGGGCGGCAAGUGCCGGAACCGGCAGGCGCUCUACGCGGCCUGCCUCCACAUGGCGUGCCGCGCCGAGGGCACGCCGCGGACGUUCAAGGAGCUGGCGUCCGUGACGGGCGACAGCGCCACGGCGGGGGUCAAGGACAUCGGGAGGCUCGUCAAGGUCAUGAAGGGCCACCUCAGGGACGAGGACGGCGGGCAGGCGGGAGGGCAGAUGAUGAUGAUCGGCGCCGUGGCGCGGCCGGGCGACUACCUGCGCCGCUUCGGCUCGCUGCUCGGGAUGGAGGACAAGGAGGUGAGCGCCGCGCUGGAGGCGGCGCAGAGGCUGGAGAAGAACCUGGACGUGCGGCACAACCCCGACUCCAUCGCCGCCGCCGUCAUGUACAUGGCCAUCGAGCGCGCCGGCGUCGGGAGAUCCAUCCGCGACGUGUCCACGGCCACCGGCGUCAGCGAGGGGACCAUCAGGGAGAUUUACUACAAGGACCUCUACCAGCACGCCAACAUGCUGUUCGGCCAGUAAGAACGGUGAAAAUAUGGAAGGAAGUUUGAUCAAGACUUAGCGAUGUUGAAUUCCUAAUAAUGUUGUGCGUAAAUUUAGCAACAAAGUCGGCCUGGUUGUCCAUAUGAGAUCAAACUCUAGGCCUUAGCGUUAUUGUUUCUCUUCAGUUGCAUUUAGUGUAUGUGUUGUUUUCGGUAGCCUUCUAUUUGGAUUGCUUAUUUGUAUCCGCUGUGUGUGCAUCCUUGUACUU